UUUGAAUUAGCAGAAUCUUGAAAUUUUAUUGCUUUCUUAUGUGAAACCAACAUUCAUUCAUAUAUAUAAAUAUAUAAAUAUUCCUCCCUUCUCGGGAGGAGUUGCUAUACACCUCCGAAGCCGCUGGGAUCUGUCUGAUUCCUUUGUCAGCGGCUGCCCUUUCCCUUUUUAAGCAUAUGCGUUGAAACAUGGAAACGGUCAUGAUUCACACAUUUAUGAUGUAUAUGUACUAUUAAUUAAUAUGCAUGUCUUCAUUUGAGACUGUUCAUUGACAAGCAUUGGAUGAUUUACACUUCUUUAAGGAAGGGGGAGAGAUGGGGAGUCUGUGGAGAGUGUUUUGUGGCGAAAACGACUGUGCAGGCAGAGGAGGAGACCAAACCGGAGUAUCUUGUAGUGCAGAUUUGAGUUUUGUGACACAACCUUCUUCCUGCAGCAACCAUGUCUUGAUAAUCUGUUUUGAUGUUUUGCUCCUGGUGAUGUUCUGCUUCACCGUGUUUUUCAAGAGACCGAUCAAAUCCUCGCGUGUGGCUGCAUCUUUUCGGUCAAAUUUGCAGCUAGCAUCAGCAGUUUAUAAUGGUUUUCUAGGAUUGGCCUAUCUGUGUUUUGGAGUCUGGAUUUUGGAAGAGAAGUUGCGAAAAUCGGAUUCUGUUUUACCCCUGCAUUGGUGGGUGCUAUACUUGUUCCAUGGAUUAGUAUGGCUGCUGCUGGGGUUAGCCAUUAGCCUCAGGGGGCAUCGUUUUUCAAGAACUCCGUUGAGGCUGUUAUCCGGUCUUGCUUUCCUCUUCGCUGCAAUCACAUGUGGAAUAUCGGUUUUCACUGCCAUUCUUCGUAAAGAGAUGUCAGUUAAGAUCAUUUUAGACAUUUUAUCAUUUGUUGGAUCGAGUAUGUUGAUCUUGUGCGUGUACAAAGGUUACCGCUAUCAAGAGGAUGAUGAUGAUGGCGAGAAUGGUGUUAGUGAUCCGUUGCUCGGUGUUGUUGCCAAUGGCAGCGGUAAAACAUCAUCUCGUGGAGACGUGACGCCCUUUGCAGAAGCUAGUUUCUUGAACAAGCUUACCUUUUGGUGGCUGAAUCCAUUGAUGAAGAGAGGGAAGGAGAAGACGCUCGAGGAUGAAGAUAUGCCCAAGCUUCGUGAGGAUGACCGGGCAGAGUCGUGCUACUUGCUUUUUUCGGAGAUAUACAACAAGCAGAAAGAGUCUAGUCGCUCCGCCCCUCCCUCCAUCUUGAAGAUCAUUCUGCUGUGCCAUUGGAAAGAGAUCAUUGUGUCGGGGUUGUAUGCGUGCUUGAAGGUGGUCGCGCUCUCUCUUGGUCCUGUGCUCCUCAAAGCCUUCAUCAACGUUGCAGAAGGCAAUGCUAAAUCCGAGUACGAGAAAUACGUGCUGGUUGCAGCACUUUUCUUAACUAAGACGACUGAAACUUUAGCGCAACGACAGUGGUACUUUAAAUCCAGGCUAGUCGGUCUUAAGCUGAGAUCGUUACUCACUGCAGCUGUCUAUCAGAAACAAUUAAAACUAUCCAACGCUGCUCGGCUGACUCAUUCCAGCGGUGAGAUAAUGAGCUAUGUAACGGUUGAUGCUUACAGAAUUGGAGAGUUCCCUUUCUGGUUCCAUCAGAUAUGGACCACGUCUCUCCAGCUCUGCCUCGCAGUCAUCAUCCUCUUCGAUGCUGUUGGACUAGCAACAUUCGCGUCUAUAGUUGUCAUCCUUCUAUCUGUUCUGUGCAACAUGCCUCUUGCAAAAUUGCAGCAUAAGUUCCAGUCGAGGAUGAUGGUGGCGCAGGACGGGAGGUUGAAGGCCAUGAGCGAGGCUCUAGUGAAUAUGAAGGUGCUGAAGCUAUACGCGUGGGAGACUCAUUUCAGGCACGUCGUAGAGAAUCUGAGAAAGAUCGAAGAAAAAUGCCUGACAGCUGUUCAGCUGCGUAAAGCAUACAAUUCCUACCUUUUCUGGUCUUCUCCUGUUUUAGUCUCUGCAGCUACCUUUGGUGCAUGCUAUGUCCUUGGCGUCCCGUUGUCUUCUAGCAAUGUCUUCACAUUUGUGGCAACGCUGCGCCUCGUUCAGGAUCCCAUCAGAACGAUCCCUGAUGUUCUUGCGGUGUUCAUCCAAGCUAACGUCGCAUUUGCCAGGCUAGUGAAGUUUCUAGAGGCACCUGAGCUGGAAGCUGCGAAUGUCCGGGCUAAGUCUCGAGCUAAUGGUGAGGUUUCCAGUGUUUGUUUCAAAUCGGCUGAUCUGUCGUGGGAUGAGGAUCCUUUGAAGCCAACGCUUCGUAACAUCAACUUGGAAGUUAAACAAGGUGAAAAGAUUGCUAUAUGUGGAGAAGUGGGCUCCGGCAAGUCCACCCUUCUCGCUGCAGUUCUUCGCGAGGUUCCAAUAACCCGAGGAACGGUUCAAGUACAAGGAUCCAUUGCCUAUGUCUCACAAUCAGCAUGGAUACAGACGGGGAGUAUCCGAGAGAACAUUCUUUUCGGGUCAGCCAUGGACAGCAAGAGAUAUCAAGAUACGUUGGAGAGAUGUUCGCUCGUGAAGGAUCUUGAGCUGCUGCCUUAUGGUGAUCUCACUGAGAUAGGGGAGAGAGGUAUUAACCUCAGUGGUGGGCAGAAACAGAGGAUCCAGCUUGCUCGUGCUCUCUACAAGAAUGCCGAUGUUUAUCUCCUGGACGACCCCUUCAGCGCUGUUGAUGCACACACUGCCACGAGCCUGUUUAACGAAUACAUCGUGGGCGCCCUCUCGGGGAAGACAGUUUUACUCGUGACUCAUCAAGUCGAUUUUCUUCCAGCAUUUGAUUCUGUUUUGUUGAUGUCGGAUGGGGAGAUUUUGUGUGCUGCUCCGUAUUCUCAGCUGCUGGAAUCGAGCAAAGAGUUUCAGGAUCUUAUCCAUGCUCACAGAGAAACUGCUGGUGCUGAAGGGCUCUCCGAGCUGACUGAGAGGCGAACGAGUGAUGCUUCCUCAAGAGAGAUUCGUAGGAGUUACACUGAGCAGAAGGCGCCAGCGGCUGGGGUUGAUCAGUUGAUAAAGAAAGAAGAGAGGGAGGUCGGAGAUACUGGAUUCAAGCCGUAUCUCCUGUAUCUAAAGCAGAACAAGGGAUUCUUGACGUUUGGCGUGGCUGCUCUCUGUCAUUUAUCGUUUGUCGUUGGUCAAAUACUGCAAAACUCAUGGAUGGCAGCAAAUGUUGAUGAUCCAAAUUUUGACAGCUUGAGAUUGAUCCUCGUAUACUUGCUGAUCGGAUUCGUCUCAACAGUGAUUCUCCUUGGUAGAACUCUAGCUACCGUUGUCAUGGGUCUGCAGUCGUCACAAGCAUUGUUUUCACAACUGCUGAUAUCUUUGUUCCGUGCACCAAUGGCGUUUUAUGACUCUACGCCUUUGGGACGAAUACUGAGCCGGGUCUCUGCUGAUAUGAGUAUAGUUGAUCUUGAUCUCCCCUUCAACUUCAUAUUCACGGUUGGAUCGACUACGAAUUGUUAUGCUAACCUUGCUGUUUUAGCCAUUAUAACAUGGCAAGUUUUGUUUGUUUCCAUACCAAUGAUCAUUCUUGCUAUUCGACUACAGAGCUACUACUACUGCUCGGCUAAAGAGCUGAUGAGGAUCAACGGGACGACAAAAUCUCUUGUAGCUAACCAUCUUGCUGAAUCUGUAGCUGGGGUCACCACUAUACGAGCUUUCAACGAGGAAGACCGGUUCUUUGCAAAGAAUCUUGAACUGAUCGACACAAAUGGCAGUCCUUACUUCAACUACUUUUCCGCGAACGAGUGGCUGAUUCAGAGGCUGGAAAUCCUUAGUGCAACAGUUCUCUCCUUUGCAGGGCUUUGUAUGGUUUUACUACCUACCGGAACUUUCAGCUCCGGAUUCAUUGGAAUGGCUUUGUCAUAUGGUCUCUCACUAAAUAUGUCCCUCGUGUUCUCCAUUAACAACCAGUGUAUGUUGUCGAACUACAUCAUUUCUGUGGAGCGGCUCGACCAGUAUAUGCACAUACCUAGUGAGGCACAGGAGGUGGUAGAAGAGAGCCGACCCCCGACCAAUUGGCCGAGUGAGGGUAGAGUAGAGAUUCAUGACCUAAAGAUCAGAUAUAGAGCAGAUGCACCACUUGUUUUACGCGGGAUCAGCUGCACGUUCGAGGGAGGAGAUAAGAUUGGCAUUGUUGGUAGAACUGGCAGUGGGAAAACUACUCUCAUCAGCGCCCUCUUCCGUCUGGUGGAGCCAGCGGGAGGGAGGAUCGUGGUGGAUGGAAUUGAUAUCUCGACAAUCGGCCUUCACGACUUGAGGUCUCACUUUGGGAUCAUACCUCAAGACCCUACUCUCUUCACUGGCACUGUUAGAUACAAUUUGGAUCCAUUAGGCCAGCAUAGUGACAUGGAAAUAUGGGAGGUUUUAGGGAAGUGUCAGCUCAAAGAGGUUGUUCAAGAAAAAGAAGAGGGGCUAAAUGCACCUGUUGUGGAAGAUGGAUCGAAUUGGAGUAUGGGGCAGCGUCAGCUGUUCUGUUUGGGACGCGCGCUGUUGAGACGGAGCAAGGUUCUGGUACUAGACGAAGCAACUGCUUCGAUUGACAAUGCAACCGACACAAUCUUGCAGAAGACUAUAAGGACUGAGUUUGCAGAUUGCACGGUGAUCACCGUGGCUCACAGAAUCCCCACGGUGAUGGACUCAACGAUGGUUCUCGCCAUCAGCGAUGGGAAAUUGGUGGAGUAUGAUGAACCAAUGAAGCUGAUGAAGAGAGAAGGUUCAUUGUUUGGUCAGCUAGUGAAGGAGUAUUGGUCACAUAAUAAUCAGGCUGUACAAUCACAGUAAAUCCAACUGCACAAGUUGAGAUGAUUAAUUUGAUCCAUGAUUGUGAAACAACUCUAGUCCUGACAUGUUAUCAAGUAGUAGAAUAUGAAUCUGGGGGCUCAAUAUUCAUUAUUCUCAAAUGCAACAUAUUUGUAAAACAUGAAUAUGUCCAUAACCUUGAUGGCUAGAAUGAUUGCACCAUGUUUUGAUGUA